GACUGGUUCGGACAUGAAAGUGGACCGCGGCCGAAUUCACGCGAGCACACGCGACCACGUAUCGCGCGCGCGUCAGUUUGUUCCCGCGAGUGCGGAGAACGUGUCGAAUGUGUGUUAGACGCGCAUUUACGAGCGAGUUCGGUGUUUGAAUCGUCCGCGCCGGUGUCGAGUCGCGCCUCGAGGAAUCCUCAAUCUCUCACACACAGACCCGCGAGCUGUCGCAAGUGGCACAGGAGGAGAGGACGAUGCGCCACAGCGUUCCCGUUUUCCCUGGCGAACUGAGUGAACCGGACUAAAGAAGAAGAGACGAGGAGCAGGAGGAGAGAAGAGGGCGCGAAUCGAUAGCGCGCGCGUUUUCGGCGGUGUGUCGGAUCAGCUGGCGGUACCUCCAUCCCCGGCCUCGUCCGACUGCAUUUUCCCUUCCUGUUUCCCUCGGAGGAGAAAAGCGUGGAGAGCACACGGUGGAUAGGCGGUGCUCGGAGGAAAUUUUCCACCCUUUUUCGCGAUGAGAGACACCGGCAACCAGGCCAAGUACGAGCAACUCUUGGACGACGCCGGCUUCGAGAUCCGCAACGACGACAAGGAACACAACGAGAAUGCGUCGCUAGAAGAGGGUAAAGAGCACAACUCCGAGAUGUGGUUGACAACUGCCGAAUCAGCUAGUCUCGGGGCUGAGGAGGUAGCAGCUAGAUUACACGUCGACGUGCGAACGGGACUCAGAUGGCAGGAGGUUGAUCACAGAAGACAGUUAACAGGUUUUAAUGAAUUUACCGUAAAGGAAAAGGACCCACUAUGGAAGAAAUAUGUCGAACAGUUCAAGAAUCCAUUGAUUCUUCUUCUACUUGCCUCUGCAUUUGUCAGCGUGUGUAUGAGGCAAUUCGAUGACGCUGUUAGUAUUACCGUGGCUAUCAUAAUAGUGGUGACAGUUGCAUUUGUACAAGAGUAUCGAUCGGAGAAGUCUUUAGAGGAAUUGAAUAAAUUGGUACCACCGAUAUGCCACUGCUUAAGAGAGGGCCGCGUAGAGACAUUUCUCGCCCGCAAUUUAGUUCCUGGUGAUAUAGUUUAUUUAAAUAUUGGGGACAGAGUGCCUGCCGAUGUGAGAAUAUUCGAGGCCAUAGAUUUGGCGAUCGACGAAAGCAGUUUUACCGGGGAGACCGAGCCAGCGCAAAAGUCGACGGCUCCUUUACUCAAGACUAAUGGACUGACAUCGAAGAGGAACAUCGCGUUCAUGGGCACGUUGAUACGCUGCGGCAACGGCAAGGGAAUUGUAGUGAAUACGGGAGAAAAGAGUGAAUUUGGGAAGGUUUUCUCGAUGAUGCAAGCCGAGGAGGCGCCAAAGACUCCACUACAGCGAAGCAUGGACAUUUUAGGUACUCAGCUGUCCUUCUAUUCGUUCUGCAUUAUCGGUAUCAUUAUGCUGUUGGGCUGGAUCCAAGGUAUGGCUAUCCUUGAGAUAUUUACCAUUGGUGUAAGCUUGGCAGUGGCGGCUAUACCGGAGGGCUUGCCCAUUGUUGUGACCGUAACCCUGGCAUUGGGAGUGAUGAGAAUGGUUAAGAGAAAAGCCAUUGUCAAGAAGUUGCCGAUCGUUGAGACUCUUGGCUGCGUAAAUGUGAUAUGCUCCGAUAAAACUGGUACGAUCACGAAGAACGAGAUGACCGCGACGAUUCUAGUGACGUCGGAAGGUUACGUCGCGGAUGUUACUGGCACAGGAUACAACGGCGUGGGAGAAGUAUGCAUACGGAAGUGUGACAACAUUGAUCUCGCACGCGCCGCUAUCAGCAAUAUGCUAGAAGUAGGUUGCGUGUGUAACAACGCUAUCAUACAGGAUAAUACUUUGCUCGGGCAACCGACGGAAGGCGCGCUAAUAGCUGUGGCAAUGAAAUUUGGAAUGUAUGGGAUUGCGAAUAAGUUUCUGCGAUUACAAGAGUACCCGUUCUCUUCGGAGCAAAAAAUGAUGGCUGUGAAGUGCACCCCGAAAUUCGGCGAGAAUAGGCAAGAAAUAUACUUUGUAAAGGGUGCGCUGGAAAAAAUUUUGCCCCAAUGUACGAAAUAUUACGAGAACGGUCAGGUGUAUCCCCUUAGCCAGAAGAAAGAUCAGGAAUUCCUGACAGAAGCGUACGAUAUCGGUCAACAAGGAUUGAGAGUGAUUGGUCUGGCGCGCGGCUCCUCGUUACAGGAUCUCAUUUACAUGGGUCUAGUUGGUAUUUGCGAUCCACCGAGGCCCCGUGUGCGCGAAUCUAUUAGUAUCUUGUUAAAUAGCGGCGUUAAAGUGAAAAUGGUGACCGGCGAUGCGAAGGAGACUGCGGCUGCAAUAGCUAGCAUGAUCGGAUUGGAUACGCUUCACAGUCGGCUAUUGUCGGGGGAUGAAAUUGACAUGAUGUCUGAACACCAGUUAGAGCAAUGCAUCAAUAACGUUAGUGUGUUUUAUCGCGUGACGCCAAAACACAAACUGUGUAUCGUAAAAGCCUUACAGAGAAACGGUAAUAUAGUGGGCAUGACUGGUGAUGGCGUAAACGACGGGGUGGCGUUGAAAAAGGCAGACAUAGGUAUCGCCAUGGGUAAAAACGGCACGGACGUAUGCAAAGAAGCGGCCGACAUGAUCUUAGUCGAUGACGAUUUCGGAACCAUUAUCGCCGCGAUCGAGGAAGGUAAAGGAAUCUUCCACAAUAUUCGCAACUUCGUGAGGUUUCAACUGAGUACUAGUAUAGCUGCGCUUUCGUUGAUCGCUCUUGCGACGUUAAUACCGAGCAUACCGAACCCCUUGAAUGCCAUGCAAAUAUUGUGGAUUAACAUCAUUAUGGACGGUCCACCGGCUCAAAGUCUUGGAGUAGAACCGGUUGACAAGGACGUUUUAAAACAAAAACCACGGAAUACGAAGGAACCGAUGAUCACACGACACCUCAUAAUUAACGUUUUAUUGUCGGCUAGUAUCAUUAUGCUUGGUUCUUUAUGGGUGUACCAUAGAGAGAUGGGCCAUCAAAAUCCCGCGAGGGAAACUACCAUGACGUUUACUUGCUUUGUAUUCUUCGACAUGUUCAAUGCCCUUAGCUGUAGAUCGCAGACGAAAUCUAUAUUCACAAUUGGUCUAUGGAGCAAUAAAAUGUUUCUGGUAGCCGUAACGUUAUCUGUCAUCGGACAAAUGUUUGUUAUUUACUUCCCACCGUUGCAGAAGAUAUUUCAGACUGAAGCUCUCACGGCAAGAGAUCUUCUUUUCCUGGUGGCGUUGACGUCGAGUGUCUUCGUAAUCAGCGAGAUAAAGAAGUUCAUCGAGAGGCAACUGCAGAGGCGUCGAGUCAACGGCCAGUAUUACAAUAAGUUUGAGAUGGACUUUGUAUGACAGUUACAGUUUGCCGACGAGGCAAACAAAUAUCAUAACGAAUAAGCGCAUCAAUUAUCGCUCGGCGUCGAUAUGCAAUCGGUCGCAAUCGUUCGUUUAUAAUCGACACGCGUUACUUCUCGCUAACACGUCUGCUCGACUACUAUGCUUGCACAUUCGUAACUUCGUCACGUGUGCACCUCUAUCACACACACACACACAUACACACACACACACACACACACACAGAGAGAGACAUAACGCACAUUCAGGAGCAUAACGAUAUCUUUCCUGUGACUCCACUGUCUACGUAUUGAUUGCGCAGUGAUUGCGGCUUUUUUUACCUACCGUCUACGAUUGUCAAAUUGUGCGAUUCUCUAUUUUUUCGAAACGCAUCUACGUAGAGGGAGAGAAAGAAGAGAAACAUUUCGAGUUGUAGUAGGUUACAUAGAUUAGCUAUUAGAGUAUAUUUCAUUAUUGUCCUCACAGUGAAACUACUACGUACUACUACAAUACCAAUCACCGUUUUUCGUAGGUAAUAGCGGCGCUACUGCACAUUCCAUGCACGUUUGAUAGAUCGCGAUGACUACGAUAUAUUCUACAAUAUAUAAUAUAAUUGUAGAUUGCAAUCCAAAGCAAUGUUUGCACUGAAUUCAUCGUAAUCAUUCUAUAUUCAGUACUGUUUUCUAUAAAUACUGUGACAAUUUUUAAGACCCGCUCGGGGAGAAGCGUCGAUUCAACCAUAUCCGUUCAUUCACUGUCGGUCAAUUCGCGUUACAGGAGAAGCGAAUUCUGCAGCAUUUUACCGAGUAAGAACAGAGAGAUAAGAAAUAAACGUACUGUAAUUAAGGCCAUUCAUGCAUGUCGAUUGCAUUUAAAAAAUACAGUUGUAAUCAGUGAAAAUAAAUUGCUCUCUUACAAUGUUCC